UUGAAAAUCGUUCCGUUCAAUAGUUUUCCCCGGUUAGGCGGAUUCCGAUUUUUCCAAAACUGGCCAUCAAAGCGAGGAAAUCAUGGACCCGAACGACGCAUCAUUGACCUGUGCCGUGAGCAUCGAGUGGGCCAACCAGCACGGAACGACCACGCGUAAGUUGGCGAACAAACAAGCGUCGCUGCGGUUGAUCCGGAACGCGUCCAAAGAACUUUUCCUCAACGUGUCCAGCGACAAAUCGCAGCUGGCCAAACUGUUACUGCGAGGCGUAACCGUCCAUUCCAAGUUUAUGGCCGAGGGCAAGGCGUGCAUUAAAUUCAACGAGGAAAAGUGCACACUAUUUCUGUCGAAUGCCCCUCCCGGAUUGCUCGUCCAGUUUCUGAAGGUGAUCUUCGUGAAGCUCACAAACGGUAAAGCUGGGGCAACUGGGGCUCCCGCUACCAGCAAGGCGGAAGUGCUGAAGAACGCUCGACUGCAGAUGCUGAGCGGAGAGGCCCCGCUGCAUCAAUACGACGACAUCAGCCCGGUAACGACGGUCGAGUUGAAUCGUGCCAAAAAGCUGGCCCUAGGUGGAGGCUCCAUGACGACACCAUCGCCGUCCCAGAAACGGAAACGCCAGUCCGGUGACGGUUCCACAAGCACCGGUGAUCGUCCCCGGAAGAAACUGUACGAUCCAACACCAUCCACCGUAAGCAGUGAGGCUGGCGAACUGAGACUCAACGAAGAACAGAAACGGAUUCUUCAGGCUUGCCAGUCCGGUCGCAGUAUCUUCUUCACCGGAUCAGCUGGCACGGGAAAGAGUUUUCUGUUGCGAAAAAUCAUUGCCGCAUUACCACCGGAUGGGACGAUCGCGACGGCGUCCACCGGAGUAGCGGCAUGCCUUAUCGGGGGCACAACUUUGCACUCGUUUGCUGGCAUCGGAAGUGGUGAGGCAACGCUCCAGAAUUGUUACGAGAAGGCAUCGCGCGCCAACACGGCCCAAAUUUGGCGUAAAUGCAAACGACUGAUUAUCGACGAGAUAUCCAUGGUGGAAGCCGAUUACUUCGAGAAAAUCGAAGCAGUGGCCCGGUAUAUUCGCAAGAAUGAUAAACCCUUCGGUGGAAUCCAGCUGAUACUGUGUGGCGAUUUCUUCCAGCUGCCACCCGUCGGUCGCCAAGAUCGGUACGGGAAGCAGCAAGGACUGUCGCAGGAUAGUGACACUGGAGCGGGUGGCGGGGUACGAUUCUGCUUCGAAUCACCGGUUUGGGCCGAUUGUAUCCACACUUCCUAUGAGCUGACGGUGGUACAUCGGCAAAAAGAUCAGGAAUUCGUAUCGAUCUUGAACAGCAUUCGCAUUGGACGAGUGACGUCUGAAAUCAGCGAGAGGCUACGGAAAACUGCAAACCAGCGCAUAGAAACCGAAGGAAUUCUGGCCACACAGCUCUGCUCGCAUACGGCUGAGGUGGACGCAAUCAAUCAGGCCAAGCUGGAUGGACUGACGACGGAAGCGAAAACGUUCGAGGCCAAGGAUAGCGAUCCGUACUCGUCGAAACAGCUCGAUCAAAUGGUGCAGGCUCCGGGCCGUCUGACGCUGAAAGUCGGGGCGCAGGUGAUGCUGCUCAAGAACUACAACAUUGCCGAAGGUUUGGUGAACGGAGCUCGGGGCGUUGUGAUGGACUUUGUGCAGGGACUUCCGCUGAUAAAGUUCAAGCGGCGUGAGCUAGUGGUUCGUAGUGAGAAAUGGUCAGUAAAGACGGCCGCUGGAAUGGUAUUAACGCGCACGCAACUCCCUCUCAAGUUGGCCUGGGCUUUUUCGAUUCACAAAUCGCAGGGCCUAACGUUGGAUUGUGUUGAACUGUCACUGUCGAAGGUGUUCGAGGCGGGACAAGCGUACGUUGCCUUGAGCCGUGCCCAAAGUCUCGACAGUAUUCGCGUGCUGGACUUUGAUCUCAAGCAAGUGUGGGCCAACACAAAAGUCCUAGAGUAUUACCGGAAGCUUAGGAAGCGUCUGGCAGAGGAAAGUCUUAUGCAGCCAGUGGCGGUCAGGGCGAAGCCGGCUAAAGACGGGAAAACUCUCAAGAAAUCUCUUUCAGCACUAGGCUUAUCUAAAGCGGCAAUGAACAAACCCCUCAUGACGAUCAAUUGAUUUUUUCUCAAUCUCAACUCAUUAACUGUGUUUCUUUAGGCAAUCCAAUUCCAUUUUUCAUCCCCACAAGAGGUACCAUUCAGUCAGUUUAUCGUGAUGCAUGAUUUUUUUAAGAAAAAUCCGCAAAUAGCUGAAUUUCAAGUGAAGAUCGUGCUUCGUAAAUAUUCAAUGAAAAUGUUUAAGAAUGAUUUUCUAGGCAAUCGAACAGU